UUACAUUUUCCCUUUUUUUUUUUAACUUCAAGCAGAAAUUUUUCGAAGCAUGGCACCAGACAGUGAGACAGAGAACGCGAGAAGAAACUUAUUAAAGAAAUCAGGAAACCACUGACGACGCGCGGGCCACUCGAGUGUGAAAUUAAGACGAAGAAAACAAAAUAAAAAACAAAAAUAAAAACGAAAAUAAAAACAAUAAAAGACACUGAAAGAAGGGUUCGAGAAAAUAGUUAUUGGGAACAGUAAGAUAUAAAGAAGAGUUGGAAAAAUAAAAACAAUAAAAGACACUGAAAGAAGGGUUCGUAAAAAUAGUUAUUGGGAACAGUAAGAAAUAAAGAAGAGUUGGAAAAAUAAAAACGAAAAUAGACACUGAAAGAAGGGUUCGUAAAAAUAGUUAUUGGGAACAGUAAGAAGAAAGAAGAGUUGGAAAAAUAAAAACGAAAAUAGACACUGAAAGAAGGGUUCGUAAAAAUAGUUAUUGGGAACAGUAAGAAAUAAAGAAGAGUUGGAAAAAUAUUGUGAAAAUCCAGAAAAAGAGUGAAAAAUACGGUGAAAAGAAUGAUCCAAAUUUAUGAAAGAAAAAAAAAGUAAUGUGUUAGCAAAAUUAAAGGAAAUAGAGUGAAAAUAUAAGAAGGGAAACAGAUAUUUUUUCCUGCAUUUCCCUCAGUUUGAAAAGUUGUUCCUCGUGAAAAGAAAAAAAGGAGGAAAAUACAGGAAAGGAAGUGAGCAUCAACAAUUUCCUUCAUCACACGCCGGAGAAGAAAAAAACUGACUGGUGUAAAGAAAAGAAGAAAAUAAAAACAGAAAAUAAGAGAAAAAAAAGAAGAAAAGAGAAAAAAAAUCAACAACAAGAAGAAAAACAAACUUACAUACGAACGCACAAGAAAGAAGAAACAAAUGCAGCUCGCCAUGAUAUUAUACGUGUUGUGGACGGCGCUGAGCCUGGCGCUGGGCGUGGAGGUGCAGGGCGAGGUGAUCCGUGGCCUGCCCUGCAUCAAGCGGCUCAACCAACUCUUUUGUAGGACGCCCGGCAACUCCUAUCCCUCAGACAAGAUCGAACGCUUCAUAGAGGACAACAAAGCCCUGAUGAGGCGGAUGUAUGGAAGCUUCUUUGACAACAUACAAGACAUCUUCGAGCCCCAGCAGCGUCGGUUCCUGAGCAGGCCGGGGCGUGCCGCAGGGGACGGGCCCGACGCUUUUACCGACGAGGCACCAGACAUACAUCAGGACUAUCACCCCGGGGACCCGCGCGGGGAGUCCUUCUUCAACCUGAUCAGGAGGAAGAGGCAGUCCUUCCCCGGAGACGCAAACUCGAACUCGGACAGAGUUGAUUCAUGUGAGAGCAAGGUUGAGAUCGUGACGCCUUACUGGGCCAACAAUUCUGCCGGGAAGAUACGCGCAAUUGUCAACACCAACGAGUUCUCGCAAGCCAUUCACCAGGAAGUGUGCGCCAAGCAAAGCACGAAGCGAUGCGGCGGUGACUGUGGCUGUGAGCAGAAGUACAAAUGGCACAGACUUCUCGCCUACGACCCCGACAACGACUGCUCUGGUAUUUUCAUGGAUUGGUUUCUGUUCCCUUCCUGUUGCUCCUGCCGCUGCAACCCGCUCUAAAGGAUGAUGCUGGUGGUGGUGAUGGGGGUGAUGAAGGGGAUGAAGAUGUGGGAGUGAAGCUGACGAUAGGAAGUAAAGACGAACGCAUGUAGAGAAGGAGAAGAUGGUUUUAGAGGAAGGGAAGAGAAGGGAUGCAGGAAAGAUGGAAGGAAGUUGUGUAGAAGAGUAGAAGAUAGAAGAUGGUUUUAAAGGAAGGGAAGAGAAGGGAUGCACGAAAGAUGAAAGGAAGUUGUGUAGAAGACAGGAGAUGAGAGGAUGAUAGGUGGUGGUGGUUGUGGUGGUGAUGGGGAGGGUAGAUGAUGGGAAGGAUGAUCUGUAGAAGGUAAUGAAGGAGGUAGAGAUGAAAGACAGCAAAGAUGAAGGGAAGUAAAAAUAAAUAAAGAUGGGGUAGUGUUAAUGGUGUAGAUGGUGUAGAUGUUGGAAUGAAGUAAGCUAAAGAUAAAAGAAAAUUAAUAUAGAUGAAGAUAAGAAAGAUAGUAGAUAAGAAACUCGUGAUGAAAGGGAAAAGAGAAAGUUAAAAUGAGAGAAGAAAAUGAAAAUAGAUGAAGAUAAGAAAGAUAAUAUAAGAAACUCGUGAUGAAAGGGAAAAACUAAAGAUAAAAUGAGAGAAAUAGAUAAAGAUGUAGGGAAACGACGAUAAAGGAAAAUAAAGAUGGAAGUUAAAACAAAAUAAAACGUAGAAUAUAACCAGAAAGGAAACUCGAGAAGAAGGGAAGUAAAGACGAAGGGAAGAAGAUGAAGGGAGAUAAAUAUAAAUGAAUGAAAGAAGAUAGAGGAGAUAAUAGAGAGAGGAGAGGAGAGGAGAGGAAUGAGAGGCAAAAGACAAAAAUAAUAAGGUAGAUGAUGAUGGAAAUGAGAAGAAAACAAAAAACACGAACAAAAAGAAGAAGAAGAAGAAGAAGAAGAAGAGCUAGAAACAAGAACAAGAAUGAGAACAGAAAGAAGAACAUCAGGAAGAACAAGAACAAAAUGAACAAAGAAAAACAAGAAGAAGAAGAAGAAGAAGAAGAAGAAGAAGAAGAAAAUAGCAACACACACACACACACACACACACACACACACACACACACACACACACUCACACACAAAU